UCCAGUCUAGUGUCAGUACCACUUUUGAACACUAGGUGGAGGUGUGUAACAACUGGUGCAUAAUCCACGAAGAAGAAAUGUAAACACAAAUGGCGGGUUGUGUGGAUGGAAAGUAGAAAAAGACUAAGGAGUAGGUUUUCGACAGUACAUCCGCGGUUAGGUGUUGUAUGUAGGUGUGUGCGUUGUUUUCUUAACAGCGGCAUGUUUGGGAGUCGGUUUGACGGCCAGUGUGUGCUGCUGGUCCGGUCUCUGCUGUCCGGUGUUCACAGAGCGCUGGAUGUCUUCCACAAACAGCAGCGUGUUAGCUCCGAACCAACUCUGUGUAAUUUAAUAGAAACACUAUGUCAAGAGGAAAUAACCUGCCCUGUGUCCGAGGCACAGCUUCUGACUGUCAAACCCUUGGUCUGCCUGUUCCCAGCAUUAUUCAAACAAAACCUGCUGUCCUUCAUUCAUCUGGUCCACUCUUUUCUUCCUCGGGCCACAGUCUUCCAUCUGCUUGACUGUCUCAGUCAUGACUCCCCUCCAAACCCCUGGGUCGCAGCUCUGGUUAGACAGCUGGGAAGAACCCUGUGCCCCCACAGUGGGGACCCUCUUUACAGUCCACUGUGCAGUCAGAGACUCCUGGACCUGUCACAGCGUCUAGGUGGCUCUGGUGAGGUCGGAGGGUGGGCCAGCUGCCUCAAUGGUCAAACGGUGUCAUCAUCUGCUUCUCAAAGUGCAUCGGGUUUAUCAGAGCUGGGGACACAAAGGAAAAGAAAGAGCACCUUUAUUGCUCUGGAAUCAGACAGUGAGGAGGCUGGACAGCAGAGUAAGCGGAUGAAAAUGGAUCUGUGUGGCAACGAGGGUCUAGAUGCAGGAGAUCAGGGUCAGACUGAGGACACAACAGGAAUAUUAGAGGGUGCUUCCAUUGGAGUAUCAGCUGAAGCUCUGCAGCCAUCACCAGAUACACCAUGUGAUUCCCUGCCUGAACAUAUAAAAGUUUCUGUUCUUCAAAUAAAAGAACUGUUGGAAAAUCAGGCAGAGUGGGACCUGGGCUCCACAGAUGUGUUCAAAGUGCUGAAUGACUGUGACCCACCUCAGGUGGAGGUUUUAUGUCGGAUGCUGAGUUUACCCGACCUACCAGAGCAGACUCUGCCUAAACUGUGCAGCAGUGUUUUGGCUCUCUCUCCUGACCUCAGCUACAGCACAGCAGCAACAUUACUGAAAAGCCUCCUGCUAGAAAAGGUCCUGUCCCUGUCAGAACCAGCCUCCAGAUGUCUGCUCAGUGCAGUCACAUCAUUAUGUAGCUCCUAUCCCAGACCGAUGUGCCAUGCUGUAAUUGGUGCAGUGCUAGAAGACAAAAACAUUGGGAAUCCACAAGCUGAUCUGCUGAACAGACUGAUAGAAAACUGCUUGGAUCCCCACUACAGACUCGUGAUGCUUCAAAUGACAUUUGAAAUACAGUGGAAUGAGGCAGUGCUCUCCAUUAUUCACAGCUUACUAGAUUCUAAGCCUGACCUUCAUGAAGAGCUAUUUGCACAAUUCACCAAACAGCUGGUCAACCAGGCUCCUCAAUUUACAAAAUCUGUGAAGUUUGCCAAAAUGAUGCUAACAGUCCUCACCAAAUACAGCAACCACGUAACUGCAGCACAUAGAAACGCUCUGUCCAGUUGCCUGAUGCUGAAUGAGACCUUCCUCAAAAAGCCUCUGCAAGCUGCUUUGAAAAGAAUCACACACACAUAAAACAUAUUCCAUGUAAAGGCAUGUUAAUAAACCUGUAUAUCUGUUUCUUCUAAACAAUUUCUUAGCUUGAAUUCAAAACGCAUGCAUAAACCAUUCUUAUCUGAUCAUUUUUUUUUCUUACUGACCACUGCCACCAUACAAAUUCCACCUGAGGUUUUACAGGACAUAUUAUACUGUAUGUCAUGUGAAACUACUAAUUUAAGGCAUCUAAACUGUGAGGACUGUACACAUUAAGGCACCUUCUAUUAUCUGUUACCGAAUGUAUGUAGAAUAACUGUUAUAUAAUUUAUACUCCUUUGCAAAGGUGUAUUUCCUGCCAAUGUAAUUUGAUACUCUAAAUUCUUUGUUUUGUUGAUGAUGCUCGACUGUGUGUUCUAUAUGUAUUGUGUUGCUGACUUUUUGAUGGUGUCUGCUAAAAUCCGAUUUGUUGUGCAGCAGGAUGGAUUUCUACUAAUUUGACCGUUUAUUUUGUAAAGUAUUAAAUGUGUAAAGAUUAAAUUAUCUGCCAUGUAAAAGUGAAAAAA